AUGCCCGCCGCAGCCACAACACAGCAACCACCAUCAGGACUCUCGCUCUUGGAAUCCGAGAUCCCUUCGCCUUCCUCCUUGUUCGCCGAAACCCUAUCGGACUCCGUCACCGACGUCGUCCUCACUUAUCACGAGAACCCCGGGCUGCUACCGGGAGCCCCCACUGCCCUCCCAAGCGGUGGCCUCACUCCUUGCGCUACUUGCUCCAAGCCCUGCCACGCAGCCACCGGGAGCCACCAACACCUCGUCGUGUUCGAUGGCUGCGAGCGCGACUUCCACCUCGCUUGCGACUGCGUCGCCUCUAGAGGGAAGAGCAAGCGGUGGCCGUUGGGAGUGAAGCAGCUUCUCGAUAACAUCUCCUAG